AUGGCAGCUCCGCAAGUCAUUGUGGUCGGCGGUGGACUGUCUGGCCUCAGUGCCGCCCACACCGUCUAUCUAAACGGUGGCAACGUCGUGGUUCUGGAUAAGCAAGCAACUGACCUGGGCGUCCCCAUCACCACAGCUUUCUUUGGUGGCAACUCUACCAAGGCCACCUCCGGCAUCAACGGUGCCCUCACCCGCACUCAGGUCGACCUUGGCAUCCAGGACAGCGUCAAGGCCUUCUACGAGGACACUCUUAAGUCCGCCCGAGACAAGGCCCGUCCCGAACUGAUCAAGGUCCUGACCUACAAGUCCGCCGCCGCUGUCGAGUGGUUGCAGGAUGUCUUCAACCUCGACCUGACUCUGGUCUCCCGGCUGGGUGGCCACACCCACCCCCGUACGCACCGUGGCCACGAUGCCAAGUUCCCGGGCAUGGCCAUCACCUACGCUCUCAUGCAGCGCCUGGAGGAGCUCGCCGAUGCCGAGCCGGGUCGUGUCCAGAUCAUCAAGAAGGCCCACGUCACCGCCGUCAACAAGUCCGGCAACCACGUUACCGGUGUCACCUACACCCUGAACGGCGAGACCAAGACCGUCGAUGGUGUGGUUGUCCUCGCCACUGGUGGCUAUGCCGCUGACUUCAGCGACUCCUCGCUGCUCAAGAAGCACCGUCCCGAUACCUUCGGCCUGUCCAGCACCAACGGCACCCAUGCCACCGGUGAUGGUCAGAAGAUGCUGAUGGAGAUUGGUGCCAACGGCAUCGACAUGGACAAGGUCCAGGUCCACCCUACCGGUCUGGUCGACCCGAAGGACCCUACCGCCAAGUUCAAGUUCCUCGCGGCCGAGGCUCUCCGUGGUGAGGGUGGUCUGCUGCUGAACUCCGAUGGCCAGCGCUUCUCGGACGAGUUGGGCCACCGUGACUACGUCUCCGGCCAGAUGUGGAAGGAGAAGGAGAAGGGCAAGUGGCCCAUCCGUCUGGUGCUGAACAGCAAGGCCUCCAAGGUCUUGGACUUCCACACUCGCCACUAUUCCGGCCGUGGUCUCAUGAAGAAGAUGACCGGCAAGGAGCUGGUGGCCGAGAUUGGCUGCGGCGAGGCCGCGCUGAAGAAGACCUUCGAUGACUACAACCUCAUUGCCGACGGCAAGAAGAAGGAUCCCUGGAACAAGCGCUUCUUCCACAACAUGCCCUUCUCCCUCGACGAUGAGUUCCACGUUGCUCUGAUGGAGCCCGUUCUACACUUCACAAUGGGUGGUAUCGAGAUUAAUGAGCACGCCCAGGUCCUCAACGGCGAGAAGCAGCCCUUUGAGGGUCUCUACGCCUGCGGUGAACUGGCUGGUGGUGUCCACGGUGCCAACCGUCUCGGUGGCUCUUCCUUGCUGGGCUGUGUCGUCUACGGCCGUGUCGCUGGUGACUCUGCCUCGCAGCACCUCUUCCAGAAGCUGCUCACCACGGGCUCUUCUGCCGCUCAGCAGCGUCUCGGUCAGAUCUCCCUGCACAUCGACCCCUCCACCCCCGGCAAGAUCUCCGUCGAGUGGGGCGGUGCCGCCCCCGGUGGCUCUCUGCCGACCGUGGCCGCUGCUCCCGCGGCCGCGGCCGCCCCGGCUGCUCCAGCUGCCGAGGAGGCUAAGCCUGACCCAGCCAACUUCCAGAUCCCCGAGAAGGAGUACUCUAUGGAAGAGGUCGCCAAGCACAACAAGAAGGAUGACCUCUGGAUUGUGGUCAAGGGUGUCAUUCUUGAUGUGACCAACUGGCUCGACGAGCACCCCGGCGGUGCUAAUGCGCUGUUCAACUUCAUGGGCCGCGAUGCUACUGAGGAAUUCGCCAUGCUCCACGACGACGAGGUCAUCCCCAAGUACGCCGGCCACAUUGUCAUUGGUCGCGUCAAGGGUCAGACACCAAGCCUGGAGCUGUAA